AGGGACAGACCCCAGCGGAUGAGCUGCGGUUAUGUCUUGUGCACGGUCCUCCUGUCCGUGGCCGUCCUCUUGGCCGUCAUCGUCACCGGCGCCAUCCUCUUCAUGAAUCACUAUCACACGCCCGUCACGGAGUCCCCGCCCAUCAUCAGCACCAACCCCGACGAGGCCAACGCCCUGGUCACCAUCGAGAAAGCCGACAGCUCCCGCAUCAACAUCUUCAUCGACCCGAACUGCCCCGAGCAGGGGAACGGGCUCGCCCACCUGGAAGGCCUCCAGGCGUCCCUCCUGCGGGCCAUCAGCGACCACGACGCGGAGGCCAAGGCGUCCACGGGGCAGGCGAGGGCCUUGCUGGGCGGCCUGUCGGAUGAAGUGUCCCGGCUGCUCUCGCACGCCACUCAGCUCCGGACGGACUGCGACAGCCUGAAGAAGGGGCACAGCGCCAUGGGGCAGGAGCUGAGCGCCCUGCAGAACGAGCAGGGGCGCCUCAUCCAGUUGCUCUCGGAAAGCCAGGCCAACAUGGCCAGGCUGGUGAACUCGGUCAGCGAUGUCCUGGACACCUUGCAGAAGGACCGUGGGGUGGUCCGGCCACGGCUCAAAGCGGACCUCCAGAAAGCUCCAGCGCGGGGCACUCGGCCAAAGGGAUGCUCCAACGGCUCCCGGCCUCGGGACUGCUUUGACAUCUACACAAGCGGACAAGAAGAGGAUGGUGUUUUUUCUGUCUUCCCCACUCACUACCCCGAGGGCUUCCAGGUCUAUUGUGACAUGACGACAGACGGUGGCGGAUGGACGGUCUUUCAGCGGCGCGAGGACGGCUCUGUGAAUUUCUUCCGUGGAUGGGAAGCUUACCGGGAUGGAUUUGGGAAGCUCACUGGAGAACACUGGUUAGGGCUGAAGCGGAUCCACGCCCUGACCACACAAGCCAACUACGAGCUGCGCAUCGAUCUGGAAGACUUCGAUAACGGCACGGCCUUUGCCCAUUAUGGAACCUUUUCCGUGGGUUUGUUUUCGGUUGACCCCGAGGAGGACGGCUACCCAGUUGCCGUUGCCGACUAUUCUGGGACAGCAGGAGACUCCUUCCUGAAGCACAGCGGCAUGAAGUUCACCACCAAGGACCUGGACAACGACCACUCGGAGAACAACUGUGCCGCCUUCUACCACGGUGCCUGGUGGUACCGCAACUGCCACACCUCCAACCUGAACGGCCAGUACCUCAAGGGCCACCACAGUUCCUACGCCGACGGAGUGGAGUGGUCCUCCUGGACGGGCUGGCAGUAUUCCCUCAAGUUCACGGAGAUGAAGAUCCGGCCUGUGAGAGAUGAUAAUUAG